AGAUCCGGCUGGUUGGGAUGGAAACAGAGUCGUUUUGAGAUGGAGCUGAAGUGAGAAGUCCGAAAACACUCACAAAGCCAAACACUGCUAUGUGAAUAGCCACACAAGCACGCGGGGGGUAAGAAGGCUUAGCCCCUCCAGAUAAUGAUAACUCAUGAAGGCUCGCCUGGUUUCUUGCUCGUAACACUUAGAUGAUUCGAGUCUGUGGAGGGUGAACACUGAUGUUUGAGACCAUGUCAGCGGUGAUCAAUCAGCCUCUUCCCUUUGGACGACUUGAGCGAGAGAAGCACAUUCACAUGGUCUUCAGGGCUUUUCACAACCGCUGUGGGCCCUCCUGUGAGUGCCAGACUAAAAGCACUCCACCCAAAUCCCACCAAACGCCUCCUGACCUGGAAUUUGAAGAACAGCUUUCGGGCCAGACUGCUGAGAAUGGCUUGAUGCAGCCACCGGUGAUCAUGAACAGGUCAGAGAAGAAGUGGGAGAAGACUGGUAGAGCAGUGAGAUCAUGCUUUAUGUCUGUGCUGGAAACUGCUAGUGAGAUUCAUAUCACUGCCAAGCCAGAGCUGCAAGGUCCUCAGUGUGUUUCUAGGAGGAUCUAUAACAUCACUACAGAAGGCAACAGGUCACUGUCAUUUGUAGCUGUGGAAGAGAGCUCCUGUGUGUGUCUGCAGUGCUGUGGUCCAGCUCGGGCCUACACCCUGAAAGGCUUUGACAGUGAGGGCAGUCAGGUCUUUUAUUUUGAAAGGCCCCUUAGGGUGGACGCCUGUUGCCUCGGCUGCUGCCUGAUGGAGAUGAGAGCGUACACACCUCAAAACCAUCUCAUGGGCACCGUACAUCAGAGGUGGAGUAUGUUUACACCCCUCCUGGAGGUCUGCACUUCAGCAGGAGCGUCUACCGUCAGAAUCCAGGGCUCCUGCUGUCCAUGCCGUUGCUUCUCCAACCAACAAUUCCAGAUUGUCUCCAACAUUGGUGAGGAAAUAGGCACGAUAUGGAAGAAAUGGCCUGGCUUCAACGAAGAACACAACAUGGACCAUGAAUAUUUUGGACUGGAGGUUCCACUCAGUAUGGAGUCACACACCAAACUCCUUCUCCUGGCAGCCACUUUCCUGUUGGUAAGCACAUAUGUUUCUAGUGUCCAUCGGUGGGAAGAUGUUUUGUCAUACACAAUAUAAUUAAACUUUUCCCAAAGCUUCUACCUCAGCACAUUAGACUUUGAAGACUUAGUUGCAACUAUGUGUUACGAGUAAAUUAACUUACUAAUGAAUAAACCUUCAGCAACAGUUUUAUCUGUUCAUUCAUACUUUUACAUAAUCAUUUCAAACAGCGGCUAACAAUUUUAAUUUCACUCCAUAAUUUCAGUGAAUAACUUUUAUGUUUGUAAUUUUAGGUAACGAUUUCAACUGUUAAUCAUAUUAAUAUAAAAGUACAUUUAGCUGACAGUAUCAUUAGUCCAUCUGUACUGGUGGUUGCUUUGAAGACAAGGACCAGGUCUGCAACCACUUGCAGUCAGCUGCUGAUGUCAAAAUGACUUUUGUGCAUUAAUACAUAAAUAAAACCGCAAUAAGACGGAAUCUGCAUAUUCUCUGUUUGUGACUGAAUGGAGGUCAAAUUGGCAAUGAGAUGCAAUAUUUCUAUAAGACAAGUUCCUUCCCACCCGGCAAUCUUUGCAAUCGUCUCAUGAUCACGGACACGCUCCAUCUCUUGGUAACCAGCUGGUCAUUACAACUACCUUUAAUCCUUUUUUUAAAUGCUUUGAAAAAGGUUUAAAAAAAAAAAAAAAAAAAAAAAAAUGUUGCAAGGAGGUUUCUGUCCUAUUUUCACUCUAGUUUGACUAAGCAAUUAUUAAACAUAUUUUAAGUUCAUGCCCUCCUUAUUUGAUGUUUUUUUCUUUUUAAUUUUCCUAAUUGCACUUGGUCUGGAUUGGAUCCUUUGGUAGGCCCAAUCUGGCCCCCAG